AAUACUGAACCCCAUCCGGAAACUUCUGGACCGGCGGAGUCCUUCAUCGCCCAAUCUCAAGGGUGACUACGACGCCGACACAGGCGAACUCAACGGCCACACGAGUCGCAAACCGCCACGCUCAAGGUCAGGCACGUUCCUAGGCAGAUACAAGGCCAAAGACAGCCGCAGCCCAGACAAGCAUGCUGCGUUCAGAAACAGGACGUGUUUUAAGUCCGGUAUGGUGGUGCGCACGGGGACUUCACAGCGUAGGGGCAAGUACUCGUCAAUGCACGACCACUACACAGUAGUCCACAGCCUGGCGCUACCAGACGUCAGUCUCACGCCGCAGCCCAGUACAACGCUGAUACAUAGGAACACGAGCAAUGAUUCGUCCAUGUUUGCGUCGCUGUAUGAACCGAAUUGUGUGUGGACGGCGGUGUAUGAUGGCUUUG